AUGGAUAUCGAUAAGCUCUCCAUGCUGCCUGACGAAACCUCAGAGCCAGAGGAAUCAGAUAACGAGUUAGAGAAUUCUGAUCGGGGUCUUAUAAAUGUAGAAGAUCUACGACAGAAGCAAAAUGCCAAAUUCAAGGCUUUGCUGUCAAGAGCAUCCGAAGCCAUUACGGCGGAAGACAUCCAACGGGCAACGAAAGUUAAAACCGAGAGUGAGCUUUCUAUGACGAAUUUGAUAGAGAAUCAAGACUUCACCUCUAUUAUCCAUGACCCAAGAGAGUAUCAACUGGAGUUGUUUGAAAAAGCGAAAGCUGCCAAUAUCAUUGCUGUGCUGGAUACAGGAUCCGGCAAAACAUUUAUCGCUGUGCUUUUACUUAAACAUGUGAUCCAAAGCGAAUUAGCUGAUCGAGCAAGCGGAAAUCCACCUCGUAUAUCAUUCUUUCUGGUUGAUAGUGUUACCCUCGUAUACCAACAAGCCGCGGUCUUGAAAGCAAACAUUGAUCAGAAUAUCGACAAAUUUUGUGGAGCGAUGCAAACUGACCUAUGGAGCAAGGAGACUUGGGAAAAACACUUCUCGAAAAAUAUGAUUAUAGUCUGCACUGCCGAAGUCCUGUAUCAAUGUUUACUCCGCUCUUUCAUCCGAAUGGAACAAAUCAAUCUCCUUAUUUUCGAUGAAGCCCAUCAUGCCAAAAAAGAGCACCCGUAUGCCAGAAUUGUGAAAGAUUUCUAUUUGCGAAGACCCGAAGCACAAAAAAGACCCAAGAUAUUCGGAAUGACGGCAUCACCAGUUGACGCGAAGGUGGACGUGGCAAAAGCUGCAAAGAAUCUUGAGACGCUACUCGACAGUCAGAUUGCAACCGCGUCCAACCAGGAUGUUUUGCGGCAAGCGAUAGCGCGGCCAACUGAACAAAUAUGGGUGUAUGACAAACUUGAUGCAACAUCUGAAACUGACUUGUACAAGUGUAUGCAAUCACGCUUUGGUAAAAUUCGUGAACUUGAAAAGAUUUUCUUCUAUGCCUUGGAGGCAAGCUCGAUGCUGGGGAGAUGGUGUUCAGAUUGGCUAUGGACAUUCGCUUUGGAAGCAGCCGAAUUGCCCAAACUCGAAGGCAGGGUCUCUAAGAGCUAUAUGCAAUCUAGCUCCAGAGACCACUCCAAAGGGCUUGACGAAGCAAUUAGACUUCUUCGAGAAGCUGGGCAGCUCAUCAGAAACCACACGUUUGAUACUCCGGUGGAUUGCCCCGCACACCUGAGUUCGAAGGUGCGACUACUGCGCCAUGAGCUUUCCUUGUACUUUGAACGGCACACGGAUACCAAAUGCAUUGUAUUUGUUCAGCAGCGGCAUACAGCGAGGCUGUUAGCAGAGCUGUUUUCUCGAAUCGGAACGCGGCAUAUGCAAACAGGAAUUCUUAUAGGGGUUCAGCAUGAUGGAAUUGGGGGCGCGAACUUUUCGUUCCGACAGCAGUUUUUGACGCUGUUGAAGUUUCGCAAAGGGGAGCUCAAUUGCCUGGAGCAGUUUGCAACGUCCGUCGCUGAAGAAGGGUUGGAUAUCCCAGAUUGCAACUUGAUUAUCAGGUUCGACCUGAGCUUGACCAUGAUUCAGUAUAUUCAAAGCCGUGGAAGGGCCCGACAUUCGAACUCAAUAGUAUGGCUUUCACUCUAUGAUUCAGAAUGUCUCGCUAACGGCACUCUGCAGUACGCACACAUGGUUGAACGAGGUAACCUUAUCCACGCGUCAUGUAUCCAGGAGGCCCAGCGAGCAGAGCAUAUCAUGCGACGGUUCUGCGAAGCUCUCCCGGAAGACCGGAUUAUUCGCGGAAGUAGUGAUGAUUUGGGAAUGAAUCUAGACAAGGAACGAUACUAUAAAUCGUUUACCGUCCACAGCACUGGGGCGACGUUGACUUAUCCCUCUUCACUUGUUGUUCUUGCGCAUUACGCAAGCUCUUUACAAUACGAGAAAGAAACGUCCCCUCAGGUGAACUACUUCAUUGAGCGGAUAGACAGUGCUUUUGUUUGCGAGGCAAUCCUCCCCGAAAAGUCCCCUUUCCGGGGAUUGACGGGCAAACCGUCAGCACGGAAGUUGCAUGCCAGACAAUCUGCUGCUUUCGAAACAUGUUUGAUGCUUAGAAAGAAUGGGAUCCUCGAUGACCAUUUCGUGUCAAAAUAUCACAAAAGGCUGCCGGCGAUGAGGAAUGCGAAGCUAGCCAUCAAAUCGAAGAAAACGAAUCAGUAUGAUAUGAUGGUGAAGCCCAAACUGUGGGAAAGUGGUCGUGGCACUACUCCAAGUGUAAUAUGGGCUACUCUCUUGAUGUUAAGUCCUGUGGCUAAAUUGCGGCGAGACUAUCAACCUCUGAUCUUAUUCACGCGAUACCAGCUUCCGAAGUUUCCCAUAUUCCCGCUGUAUCUUGAAGAUGACAUUGAAUCAGGAGUUAUUACGACUCCCCUGCGGAUGCCGUUCCGAGCUUCAGAAGAUGAGUUGGGUCUACUCACUACGUUCACUCUCAGGAUUUUCCAAGAUUUGUUUCAUAAAGUAUAUGAACAUCAGCCGGCUAUGAUGACGUAUUGGCUUGCUCCAGCAAGGUUGAAUUCUAACUAUCGUGAUAUGUCAGAAGCUGUAGACCCACGACAACUUCUUGACAUCAGCAUUAUUCAGUAUGUGCAACAGAAUUCCGAAAUACGCUGGUCCUUCGAUAUGCCACCUAGCGAGGUAGAAAACCGAUUUCUGUUCGACAAAUGGGAUGGUAGAUAUCGUUACUUCACGUCCACGGUGGAACCGACCCUACGUCCCUCGGACCCUCCCCCAGCUACGAUGGCGAAGAGAAAGCAUAUGGAAAAUAUAAUGAAUUAUUGUCUUAGCCUAUUUAAGAAUUCCCGCUCCAAGUUCUUAGGGGAAUGUGAUUGGAAGCAACCAGUCGUUCGAGCUGAAUUGGUUCGACUUCGCCGGAACCUUUUGGAUAGGGCAACGGAACAGGAAAGGGGAGAAGAAACGGCGUAUUAUAUUUGUCCAGAACCUCUGAGGAUAUCAGCUUUACCCCCACCGGUUGCCGCGUUUGCCUUUGCAUUUCCGGCUAUUAUUAGUCGCAUAGAGUCCUACUUGAUUUCUCUUGAGGCAUGCGACAAACUUCAACUCAGUAUCGAGACGCAUCUCGCUCUAGAAGCCUUAACAAAGGACUCAGAUAACACUGAAGAGCAUCGAAAGGAACAGAUUCAUUUCCAACGUGGAAUGGGUAAGAAUUAUGAGCGGUUGGAGUUCCUAGGGGAUUGUUUUCUGAAGAUGGCUACUUCGAUCUCCCUUUUUGCGAUGAACCCUGACAAUGACGAGUUCGAUUUUCACGUUAAAAGGAUGUGUCUGAUUUGCAACCAAAAUCUGUUCAAUACUGCUGUUCGUCUCAAACUCUACGAGUUUGUCCGCACACAGGGCUUCUCAAGACGGAACUGGUAUCCUGAGGGUAUCAAGCUUCUUCAAGGAAAAGCUAAGUCGGAAUCAGCACAAAACAAACAGGCUUUGGGCGACAAAACAAUCGCGGAUAUUUGCGAGGCACUUAUCGGGGCUUCCUUGUUGUCAGGAGGAAAAGCUUGUCGGUUCGAUACGGCAGUUAAGGCAGUGACUGUGUUUGUGGACAGCGACAACCACCGAGUUUCUGAUUGGAAUAGUUAUAUCGACCUAUAUUCACUACCAAGCUAUCAAAUUGCCCAAGCGGAUGCGGGUCAACUUGACUUGGCUAAGCAAAUAGGCAACCGGUUAGGAUAUUACUUCACAUAUCCAAGGUUGCUCCGUUCCGCAUUCACACAUGCAUCAUACCCGUCAGCAUGGAGUACCGUUCCGUGCUAUCAGCGUCUAGAGUUUUUAGGCGAUUCUUUGCUCGACAUGGUUUGUGUUGAACAUCUGUAUCACCAUUAUCCUGAUCGGGAUCCUCAAUGGCUCACAGAACAUAAGAUGGCUAUGGUAUCAAAUAAGUUUCUGGGUGCAGUCGCUGUUAAGUUGGGGUUACAUAAACACCUCCUAUAUAUUAGCAAUGCUCUUUUUGGCCAAAUCACUAGGUACGCCGAGGAGAUUGAAGUUGCAGUGGCCGAGAGUGCCGAUUCUCCAGAUGCCUGGACAACGACCAGCGAUCCGCCCAAGUGCUUGCCGGAUAUGCUAGAGGCAUAUAUCGGGGCAAUAUUCGUCGAUUCGAAUUUCAGUUUUGAGGUGGUAGAGGAUUUCUUCCAGCGAUAUCUCAAACAGUACUUUGAGGACAUGAGCAUUUACGACGCCUUUGCAAACAAGCACCCAACGGCGGGUGAGGUGCAAAUGGUAGAUAGCACAGAACCACGGAUAUAUGCAGCGGUUAUCGUCCACGACAAGUUUGUGGCCCAAGGUAUUGCCUCAUCCGUACGGUACGCCAAGACCAAAGCCAGUGAGGCUGCACUGGCAAAGUUGGAAGGCCUUGCUUCGUUCAAAUUCCGUGAAAUAUAUGGUUGUAAUUGUGCGGCCAACAAGGUGGAAGAAGCCACAGAUGCAGCCCAGAGAAUGUGA